AUGAGCACUAUCGUUCAGUACGAGCCCAGAGUAAACGAAACCACACGAGUGUUCUUAGACCAGACUGAGAAAUUGUAUGCGGCUCCUGGGAAAAUUUGCGACUUCAAGCUUUGGCUUCAGUAUUUCGCUUUCGAUGUCAUCACCGAAAUCACAUACAGUAGAAGAGUCGGGUUUAUAGAUCGCGGCGAGGAUGUCGAUGGGAUCAUUGAAUGGCUGGACAAGCUUUUUGACUAUUCCGCACCAGUUGGCCAAAUGCCUAUCAUUGACAAAUUUCUGGUCAAGAAUCCUAUUCUCAUCAUUUUGAGCAAGUAUGGGUGGAUUGACAACUCGUCUGGCACUGCACGCUUCUCUAAAGCGCGGAUGACAGAACGUCUCCAGGAGAUCGAGCAACGGAAAGCUACCGGAGCGAAGGACAUAGGAGACCGUAGCGACCUUUUGACCAUGUUUCUCAAGACCCAACGGGAUGACAAGACUGGUUUCUUCAACGACAGUCGUGUGCUCACCAUGACCACUUCAAUAGCUUUGGCCGGAUCGGAUACGACGGCUAUCACGCUGUCUGGAAUUUUCUACCAGUUACUUAAGAACCCUCGAUGCUACGAGAAGUUGGACAAAGAGAUUAGAGAUGCCAUUGACUCUAAUCUAAUAGAAGACUUCGAUAUUAUAUCAUGGAGCGACUCGCACAAGCUACCAUAUCUGGAUGCAUGCAUUAAGGAGACUUUCCGAGUUCACCCUGCCAUCAGCCUGAACCUUGAGAGAGUUACUCCACCUGACGGUAUCGAGAUAUGUGGGGACUUUAUUCCUGGCGGGACAGUUCUCCAACUCACUACUGAUGAAGAAUGGGACUUGCGAUGUGCUUGGUUUGUGAAGCCACUCGAGUUCGACGUUAAGAUCAUCUCAAAGGCAUAA